AUAUCUUCGGUCGAACUUGGCUUUUUUGUUAAUGUUUUGAGUCAAUUAAUUUAAUUUAGUAAAAACCGAUUAUAAGGCAAAAUUACGAUUGUGCUCCUUACUAACUCAAAAGUAAAAUACUCAUAAUAUUUAGUCUGUGGCUUUUUUACCAUUCUAUGAUUAGUUGAAAUCUCCUCAAGUUACAUCACGUGGUUUUAUUUAGACUUUUCGACCAAUAAUAUUCUUAGGAGCGUCAAUCGUAAAUGUUUUUCACUAAAAGUAUUGGUGGAAAUUAAAACUGUGCUUGUAUCUUGAAGAAAAACACCGUGCUUAAUGGGUGGCUGCCUACAACGACAGUUUUCAUGUGUUUUUAAGUGCAAUUCAAUAAUUUUCCUCGAAGUUGUGUUCAAAAUUUAUUAUUGCCGUUGCUUUCGUUUGGAUAUAUAAGAUAGUUAACAUAAAUUUUAAACUCUAUCAGUUCAAUUCGUAUAUAUUUUGACCGUCCUCAUUACAUUCGUGCUAAUGGAUGAUUCUGUGAUUUCCCCAGGGAAUAAAAUAGAUAAUUCAGCAUCGGAGAGCGAUUCCAGUUCUCUCGAUGGCGGGGCGAUGUUACCUCCUACCACGGUUUCUCGUGAUCAGUUACAAAAAAGAAUUGAAUCUCUUCAACAGCAAAACAGGGUCUUAAAAGUAGAGCUGGACACAUAUAAGCUCAGAGUAAAGGCCUUGCAAGAGGAAAAUCGCGCGCUAAGACAAGCUUCUGUAUCAAUACAAGCUAAAGCUGAACAAGAGGAAGAAUAUAUUUCCAACACACUAUUGAAAAAAAUUCAAGCCUUGAAGAAGGAAAAGGAAACAUUAGCACAUCACUAUGAAAGGGAAGAGGAGUGUCUCACAAAUGAUCUGUCCAGAAAAUUAAUUCAGUUACGUCAAGAAAAAUGUCGCCUCGAACAGACAUUGGAGCAAGAACAGGAAUGCUUAGUGAACAAACUUAUGCGGAAGAUUGAGAAGCUUGAAGCUGAGACUCUUGCUAAACAGACUAAUCUGGAAAGACUCCGCAGGGAAAAGGUGGAGUUGGAAAACACAUUGGAGCAAGAGCAGGAAGCGCUUGUGAACAGGCUGUGGAAACGCAUGGACAAAUUAGAGGCUGAAAAACGUUCCUUGCAGAUCCGUCUUGACCAGCCAGUCUCUGAUCCUGCUAGUCCAAGAGACAUUAGCAACGGUGAUACUGCGUCGAAUCUUAGCAAUCAUAUUCAAACUUUACGCUCGGAGGUUGUCAAAUUAAGGAAUCAAUUAGCCGUGUCUCAAAAUGAAAACAAAGAGAAGAUGCAUCGUUUUGCCUUAGAGGAGAAACACAUUCGAGAGGAAAACGUUCGCUUACAACGAAAACUUCAGCAAGAGGUUGAGCGUCGCGAAGCGCUAUGCCGGCAUCUGUCUGAGAGCGAAUCUUCAUUGGAAAUGGAGGAGGAGCGGCAAUUUAACGAAGCGUUAAGUGCCCGGUCUCGCAGCGUGUCGUCCCCGGGCGGGUCGCGGCCGCUGUCGCCGUACGCCUCGCCGCUGCUGCCCGGCGCCGGGCACAGGCCCGCGAUGCAUUUCAACUCGCAGCCGCGCCGGCCCAGCGAGCGCUUCGUGAAGCCGGCGCCGCCGUCGCUGGGGCUGCCGCGCCUGGAGCCGCUGGCGCCGCCCCCCGCGCCGCCCGCCCCCGCCCCCGCCCCCGCCCCCGCCGCCCCCGCGCCGCCCGAGCCCGCCCUGCAGCCGGCCAGCCCCAUGGACACCUCGUCGAAAGACUAACACACCUAAGCAUGUAGAAGGCUGGUACGUGGUUUUGUUAUCGAUUUUCGACCUUAUUUUAUCCAACGAAGACUUAAAAUCGCGAGUUCCUGAAGCAUUCUGAAACAUUAUGGUCUUAUGAUGCUAAGUUAAUAUAAUGUCGAGGCAGCUUAACGGUCCCCCACCGGUGUCCCGAUGCAAGCGAAACGUACAGAUUAUCACUUCAGACCACAUACAGCUCAGUCAGGACCCUUGUGACCUAGAAGAGUAACUCGAGAGAUCGUCGAAAAAGUUGAUUUCAUCUUUUUAGUUUUCAUCUUUAUUUAUGUAAUCGCUGGCUGGCCGGCUGCUUUCCACGCAAAAGGUAACGCAAGUCGAUGGCGUUAAUCAUAAACAUUCCGUACCUUUUUAUUUUAAAAUUAAUAUUAUGAAAUUAAUAAAUAAAUGUGCUGUCCUAUCACGUUGUCAUAUAACUGUUGGAAAGGAAUAAAACAUAUUUAUAAAAAUCACUGAUAUCACGAACAUGUUCUUAACAACAUUAAGCUUAAAUUUAAUUUUCACGAUCUCAAUAAAUAAGGAUAACAGCAUGAUAACAUUUCAACCUUGGCAUUAUACAUCUCCAGCAUCACGUGCAUUAAAAUAAGGUCGAAAAUCGAACAAUAAAACCAAAUAAUAUCGGUUUUCAUCAGCUAAUCGUACCAUACGUCCUUAAAGCACGCAAGUGUACAACACGAAUCGCUGUCGAUUGUUGAAGAUAUCAAAACUGAUGAUUCGAUACUCGGUCCGCGGUUCCACCGUUGUACUACAAAUUUCGAAAUAUACACGUAAUGGCACAAUUAGAGUUCCACGCUGUUUGUAAAUCUUAUACAGUAGAACCUCUAUUAUCCGAACUAAAUCAAAAGUGGAUUUUCUGGGACGAGAUUAAACAAAACAAUACCUUUUCACAGAAAAAGAGUAAGUUCAGCAUAUUAGAAUUUGACAUAAGUGAUCGAACAACAUUAGAUAAAUCAAAACGCGCGUGCAUGUUCCGCACGAGCAACAAGUUCUCGCGAACGUUCGGACAAACUAUGUCAGCGUUCGGAUAAUAAGAGGGUUCGGAUAAUCGAAGUCCUACUGUAACAAAGACAAAAUCUAAAAAUGGUCUGUUAAGAGUGUUGUUAUGCAUAUUCUUGCGGGUUGGUACCAGAUUUGAUACCAUCGCUCUUUAUCAGCUGACCGGUUACUCCCGGCUGGGUAGACGGGGUGGAUACUGUAAUUUAAGCUCUGUGAAUGUGCCAAUACUGAGUUCUUGACUCGCAUUUACAUACUCACUAAAAAGUUACUAUGAAGCAAUUAGCAUACCUCUAUGAUCUCUUUGUACGCAAAAGAUGUCUGUAAUUGUUGUGAGUUUUCAACAAUGAGGCAAAAAAAACAUGGUAUACAUGACGUCCAAGUAAUACUCGCAUAUUUUGUGUAAAGAUUUUGGUGUCUAAUUUUUCUAAGACACCAAUGGCAGUCAAGCGGGUGUAAAUUUCGAAAUUUGUAUCAAAUCUGUAAACAUGCAAAUAGAUAUUGUAGUUAGGUGGACGUCUCCGGCAGCUUGGUUCGCAAGGUUGCUUUCGCACACAUUCAGCGUCCGUUCCAGUGAAACUGGAUUUAUUUUUAGUGCAGUCUUCGUGUACAGUGGAUUAUGGUAAUAAUUCCUCCAUGCAAAAAUAUAUGAAGUUGAGGAAUGUCCAACAAUCCAAUCCUUUGAUCUGUAAAAAGAAAUAUGGAAGAAUUAUUACCAGAAUUGCUCGACUCGAUGAUUUUCGAUUGUUAAAGUUUCCUCGCACGGCUUGUAUAUUCGAGAUUGAAAUUAAUAUGUUCUGGUUUUUUUUAUGUUAUAAGAUAAUAUUUAAUCUUUAAAUAGUCGAUUAGAUUAGCUUAAAACGAGAUGUUAUAAAAUUAUGAACAGGGUAAUCGCUGGGAGGGAGGCGCCGUCGUCGGAUAGUUCAUAAUUUCGACUCACUUGUCACAAUCUUCUGCAUACAUACUAUUACUUUGUCCUUCAAAACAGGUGACAAAAACAGACCGCUAGGCAUGACUUGCGAUGUCGCGCGCGACUCAAUACUUCAAAACGCACCUUACAUAUAAAGUCGCGUGUGACAACAACGCAUGUCACGCUAAGCGGUCUCAUAUACUGAUAUUUAGAAUUAGAAAGAGCAAUUUGACCUUUGCGGGCGUGUAAUUAACGUGAUCACCGCGUUAUGGUAUGGAUCUAGUAUUUUUAUGACUUAAAGUUUAUUGUACUACUGUCUGAAUCGCAUUAUUUUUCAAUUUGUUGUCAGUUUUCUCUUAAUAAUUCGCAAUAUCACUUUAAAGCAUGCAUGCAGGUGGUUUUGUGUGAAAUCGUGUUCAUAUUUUCAUAGAUUGUACCUAAUAUCAGGUCAAAUGUAUGUUAAAACAAAUUGAGGAAUCUAAGCGAAUGCCAUCAUAAAAGUUGAGUAACUAAUAUGUACGAAACUUAAAAAGAAUAGGAAAGUAAUAACUUCGAGGAAUGCAAAAAAAACAGGCAACACCUGAUAAGUGAAUCUUUGGAAAUUAUCAACAUGUUUUAAUGGGAAUGCGCUCUAAACUUAUGCAAUAAGAUCGGCUGCCUCAAUAAAAAGUAGUUCGAUUGUUUAUUUACAUAUUUAUCAAUCUGUAUGUACAGCUUGGUUAUAUAACAGUGUUUAAAGAAUAUACUCCCUAAAUGAUAUAAACUGACAGGGCAGAGCCUUGCAUACCUAGGACACCAUUUGAGCAUUAAGGUUUUUGCUUUUUAACUCAAUUCAAAAUGUAUAUAUACAUUUAUUUAUUUGAAAGUAAACCUCGUAGUCUAUGAAAUUCAGCUCGUGUAGGUUCCAUACUUAUCUCAUACUAUUUCAGUCUAAUAAAGAAAAGAAGCAAUGUUUAGAUGCCAUUGAAUACCUAAUUUGAUAUUAUUACGGGGUAGUACAGUCAAGUAAUUUAAUUUGAGUACCAUUUCGUAGGUGGCACAGUGGCAAUAGUGUGAGGACAUUUCGUAGGUGUAACCGUGACAAUAGUAUGAGGUUCCUGGCCACUUUCAUGUUGAUUAUCACUGUGGCAAGGUACGAAAUGGUACUGAAAUUAAAUUCUUUGACCAUAUUACAUUGCUAACGUUUGAUCUGCCGUACUUUCGCUUGGUGGAGCUACGUCAAUAAUACACAAUGGACGCUUUGUUAUUGAUUGUCUGAAAGAGUCUUGACAAAUCUACGCCUGAUAGCUGUAAACGUUAAUGUUUGGGCUUAUGCGAGCAAUAAGCAAUAUAAUCGCGUGUUAAUAGUCAUCUGUGAUACUAGCAUGCUGACGAUUGUAUCAUAAACGCGACCAUAAUACUUCUGCUGGCACCUUCGCCGAAAUCCAUUAUCUCUCAUGCGUUAAAGGAUAAUGCCUCACGCUGGCGAUAAACGUUACAAAGCUAAAUAUAUACCAGAUUAUAUGGUCGGGACUAAGCAGCAAUUAAAAAAACUGGCUGUCCAUUAUGAAUCUCCGGUUCUCCGGCUAAAGAUACAGACCUAAAUGGCUUCGAGAAAACAAUGGUACAGCCGUGCCUCUUGUCUUGCUCGACGUGGCGUCUUAGUGUGGAAAACCAUUUUGUCAGUAGAAAACGGCGGAAAAAUCAAUACACGCGCAAAUGGUUGAUUUCUCAUACUACUUGAAUUUCGGACCUUCUGGGUCAAAAUAUACUGGCAUGCAUUAAUAGACUCGCCGUGAGUUCAUUCAAAUUACAAGUUUUUAUUAGCUUUGCCGAGCUUUAUGCAACAUUGUACGCAAACAAAUCUUUCAAAUCCAUUUUGUUUUACUUCUAGUGACUCGUUUGCCUUGGAACUUGUCAAGCGUAAGUUACGAUGACAGUUAAAUAUUGCUAGGAUAAUAAAACCUAUGUUAUGGACCGGUAUUUAAACUUUAUCCAAGGAAGUGUAAUCUUCUAACAUAUCCAUCUUCCUUAUUUUUAUCGAUUUUCAAAAAAGGGUUUGGUUUCUUACCGUCCUUUAAGUUCAUUUAUUAGUGAUCGUUUACUCAUUUUAUUAUUUGAAAGCUGAAACCACUUAAAAAUUACUAAAAUCUGAAUUUAGGAUAUACGAGGAAUCGUCUAGGAUUGUGUGAAGAGCUAUUUAGAACCCUGUUUAUAUAAAAGUACAUCAGUCAUGAAAGCAUAAUAUAUUUCUAUAAUAUUGAUAUAACGGGACUUAAUCGCGUAAAACUAAGUUUUAAAUUUACCUUCGACGUCUUCUCCGAGACCAGGUAAAUUUAAAACUUAAUUUUAAUACUCCCUCCUCCUCCUCCUCCUCCUCUAUGUAACUCCUCUGGAGUUGCAAGCGUACAUAGGUUACAGUGACUGCUUACCAUCAGGCGGCCGUAUGCUUGUUUGACACAUACGUAGUAUAUAAAAAAAUACGCGAUGAAGGCUAGAUUAGUCAAUAAUAAAUUCGUAAAAAACGUGAAAGUUUAAAUCAGUGUUAUGAAAGCAUACUUUUUUCACUAAACUGUUACGGGAUGAUAUUGCUGGUUGCUUGUAGCUCACUGCUAUAAAAUAGCACCGUAAAACAAGGUUUUGCAAACUUUUGGAAAAUAAAUUAAAUGCCAAUAUAUUUUUGAGUUUGAAGAAUCUCGAGCACUGUUGAUUGAGUCGGUCUACUCUACUCUAAAUGUAUUUUUUUGGGAGACUAUCAGACCAGCUGCAAUUGUACACCUACAUUGAGUGAGUGAUAUACGGCUUGCGUGCCGAAGUUUGCCGACCUCUGGCCUAGACAUUUACGGGCAUUUAGACCACUGAAUUCUCGAGACAUUCAAUAUUACUAGUAUCAAUAUUAGUAGUAAACGAAUGUAUUGUCAAUUCACUUAGCCGUAUUUUCUUGAACAUAAAUCUUCUUAAGAUGCUAUAUUUUGUAAAAUACUUUGCCAGCGCAAGAUCAAGCGAAGUUUAUAGGCUUCGACCGGCGACUUCAACACGAAAUUAGAAAUCGGUGAUAAAAACGUUUUUUGAAAAGACUAACAAUUGUACCGUAAUCGUAGGUAAAACGCAUUGGGACAACUUCGGAAAUAUGUACUCAGUGUUGGCCAAACAGAAUUGACCAUAUUGACAUUAACCAUUACAAAUAGAACCGUAAACUGUAACGGACGGAUACAGGUUACGGUUCAAUUUGUAAUGGAUAGUUUUUGAACAAUAUGUACAAAUGUCUCUGUUUGACCCAAUGGACUGGUAGAGAAUGCCUUUUGGUAUUAAGUUCGCCAUUUGUACAGUUUUCUUUAUGUGUGCAAUAAAGCUUAAAUAAAUAAUAUGGUCAAUUCUAAUGAACGUUCGGCCAACACUGUUAAUGUACUGAACUAGAAGCAUCACUUCAUUCUUUGACAAGACUAUCCGAAGUGUCAAAGUAAGUGUUGCAAAAACAUCUAUUUUAGUAGAUUAGAUAUAUAUACGAUUUUCGAGAUUAUCCCGAUCGCAAUGGGCAAUUAUCUUAGGUAUUUAUAUUUCUCGAAUGCAAUCGCUAUAAGUAUUUGAUUAUGAAUCAUUCUUGAAUACUUUUGAAAUUAUGGACAGAAAGUUCUAUAUUGGCUGUGUACUAAUAAAUUCAACUCAGGUAUUGUAGGGAAUUGAAAUUUUAAGGUAUGUUCACAUUAGGCUUAUAAUUUGACGGUGAACCAUCGUCGUCCAGUUUUGAAAAGAACGUUUAUGUUUUACGAAAUAGACGCUGCGUUUAUCGCAUAAACCUAAUGUGAACGUGCCCUUAGGGUUUAGAGGUUGAUCAUUGUCAAGUCAAUUUCGAAUCUUAACGCGCAGGGAUAAGGUUAAUUUUUCUUGCAAUGAUACGUGCUCGUUGUACCUUUGUAUAUGUAUUGUAAUCCAUAUAUCAUAUCCGAGUUGAGCGCAUUGUCUCCACAUGGUUAUAGUGUUAUGUUGUGUUGUGGUUAAUAAGAAGUUCGAUAGACAUGUGAGUAGUGGGUGAACCUCGGACGCUAUUCAAUUAUUUGCAUAUUUUCACUUAAAUAUAGUUUUUUUUUUCAAUGUUAUGAUUAAAGAAACAGAAAUAAAUUCACUAAACUAA